AUGGAGGCUAUUUUCCAACACUCUUUCCCUGUUGAUCCUAAGGAGUUGUCAAAACAUGGCCAUUUUUCCAAGCUCAUGCCCCGUAUAAACCACAGAGACGAUUUGGCAAAUGCUGCAACUCGAAAGCUCUUAUUAAACUGGGCAGAAAUGGUUGGAGAUGGAUGGGAGAGCGAAUCUAAUAGCUCACUGAGUAAAGUUGGCAAUUGGUGUUCGCUAGUUUUCCCUGAAACAAAGCCGGAGAGGUUAGGAACUCUGACCUAUCUCACCGAUCUCGGGUUGAUACACGAUGCUAAUCAGGAGCAUCAAGUACUCUGUGUCGCUUUGAAUGAUUCCGAUAAUUCAAAUAUACCUGGAGGUUCCCGUUCUCAAAAGAUUAAGAAUCUAGCAGCUCAAUUUUUGUUCGAAGCAAUGAGCAUUCAUUACGAAAAGGGUUCGAUGAUGAUCAAAGCUUAUCGAAAGAAGUGGCUCGAGGUGAUGGACAGCCCACCAUCGAAUGCCUUCAAAGAUAUCUCAUCUUACUUGAAGUUUCGAAUGAGCAACGCCACACAACACGUUAUGGAUGCCGUGGAUUGUGCACUCGUCCUGACCAACGACUACUACAGUUUCGAUCGGGAGUACGCAGCAGUCAAAUCUAACCCCGAGGCUCGUAUCGUGAACGGGAUAUUCCUCCUCAUGCUAAACGACGGUAUCGAUGAGGCGGAGGCAAAAUCAUCAAAACGCGAUCUAAUCGUCGAGUAUGAGUCGCAGUUCCUUGUUCGAUGGAAAGAAUACCAGGAGAAAAAUACCAACAUGUCGAUGAAUCUCCGACGCUUCAUAGAAGAGCAGACCCAAGCAGCGAAAGCGCCGCAAACACAUGUCGCUCCUUCAAAACCCCUACCAACUGGUGGACCGAAAAGAACCGACUCUGCGACAUCCAUUGACACGGUGAAGAGCAUCGAAGAGAUCAUAGAUACCCUUCGCCAGUCAUCAUUGAUCCUGGACGACAUCAAGGACAACUCCGGUAUCCGACGUGGCCUACUGUCCGUCCACACAAUAUAUGGCCAGGCCCAGGCAAUCAACAGUGCAACAUACAUUUUUGUUCGGGCCGUGAACCUAACCUCUCUAGGGUUAAGUCCCAAAGGGCUAUCACGCCUGCUGGAAGGUCUUGAGCGUCUAUUCACGCUGGUUGAGCUGAUAGAAGUCGAAAGCCUCACACCGUGUCCUCCCAAGACUGAAAAUCUCAUUUUCCUCUUGGGGAGGUAUUUCCAGAUCAGGGACGACUACAUGAACUUGGUAUCCAAAGGAUACGCAGCGCAGAAGGGUACUGGUGAGGAUCUCGAAGAGGGCAAAUUUUCCUUCCCGAUCUUCGCUUGCAUACAGGAUUGCCCGGCCUCCAAGGGCAAGAUCCUUGGUUUGUUUCGCCAGCAUGCGGCUGGUCAGAAGCAGCAGUCGAUCGGGAUGGGUGACGAGUGUAAGAGUCUUAUCAUGCAUAUCUUGAACGAUAGAGGGGCUCUUGCUACAACUAAGAGCUAUCUUUUAGAACUAAAAGAUAGCCUCAAGGAGGAGAUCGGGUGCCUGGAAGCAAAGACAGGAAAGACUAAUAGCCUGUUGACGCUUUUGAUUGAGACUCUGCGUCUUAAUCAAUAG